AAUCGAAUGUGGACCUACUUAUUUUUCAAUUGAAUGUAAUUGACUACCUAAUUGAGUGCCACCUAUGCAUUGGAGUCUCUUUUAAUUAAUACAAAAUUGAGGUUACAUCUUUUCAAAUGUUCCUCAAUUAAUAUAUAAGGGAUUACAGAAAAGCAAAAAAGUUGAUUUUAAAUUAGAAAAACCAGAGAGAAGAGAUAAAAGUAGGAUAGUAUGCUGGGUAACUUGGGUUGAAUCUGUACGAACGAAAACAAAUUUGGAAAGUUUGACCAAACCAAGACAAGACACGACACAAAUCUCACCUAGAUACUCCAAAACAAAGACUCCAAAACAAAUGCCUAAAGAAAGUGAAACCAACUAAUAAGUCCCGAACUAAACUAACUCGUCUGGUUAAGCAAAAGGAAAAGGAAAGAGAUGGAAGUACAGUUUGAUUGUAACGUUAUCAACUGAUGAAAAGAGAUACACACACAAGUACUUUCUUUGACCGUAAUAUAUCAAGACUCAUGGGUCUCUUUUGAAAACUGUUUUGGUGUCAAACUGCUCUCUCUCUCUCUCUCUCUCUCUCUCGCUCUCUAUUCUUCUGUUCUCAUCUCUCUUUCAAUCUCUCUUCUCUCACUCACACGGUUCCAGCAUCCUCCAACAAUGGCUGAAGACGAUACUCCCCCACGUUUCUUUAAAGUUUUCAUCUCCCAUCACAGCUCAGAUUCCAUGUUGAUUCCCAUUUCCUACACCCAUGAACUUCCGAGAAUUUUACCCAAAACAGCCAUUCUCCAAGGAACUGGUGGGUGUUUUUGGAAAGUCGAGAUGAAGAGGAAGAGAGAUGAGGUCUACUUUGGAAAAGGAUGGACCAAAUUUGUUACGGACAACUCUCUUAAUGACGGAGACUUUCUGACCUUUGUGUAUAAUGGAGCCAACGUUUUCGAGGUCAGCAUCUAUGGCCUUGGUGGAUGUAAGGAGAUGAGAGCAGUCACUGAAGUCGAAGAGGUCAAAGAAGACAGUGUUGUGUCUUUAAGCAGCACAGACUCAGACACUAGUUCUGAAUCCGUGGUGGCCAAUACAAUCAGCAAGAACAAAGGGAAGUCGCAAGUGGUAGAAGAUGAGGAUGAGUCUGAAGAGGCUGAGGCUGAGACUUGUUCUGAGUCCACUGUGGCUAAAACAACCACGGGAAGCCGAAACAAAGGUUUAACUCUUUUCAUUAAUUAGUACUUUGGUUGUUUUAUGUUAUUGCUUGAAAUAGACAAACACAUGACCAGUCUUGUUUAAUUUGUUGAGAGUUUUUCCACUACAUGCAUCUUUACUUAAGCAUAACCGUGGACUAUGAUUUGAAGCACCAUUCUUUCAUUUAAUAUUUAAGUUGUUUAGGAUUUAGUAGAGGAGUGUAUACUGUAUAUUGAAAUAUAAUAUUUAUUAGUAUACACAUAUCCAGCGAGAGACAAACAAGUAUGUGGCGGCUACAUCUACAUGCCCUGGCUGCAUUGAAAUAACGUGUACGUGCAAGACUUAACGUGUACGUGCUUAAUAACGCCCAUAACAGUUCGCGUAGGGCCAUUUAUAGUUUAAUCAUCAUAAUCCAGAUCUUCCUAUCGGAAGAACAAUUAUAAUUAAACUAUGUAUGCAUUAUUAUACUAGUUAAAACUAACGAGAUAAUGAGUUAAUGAUGCAUCACAUAUCUGUUUGUGAGUCUGUGACCAAAGCAUGAACAACUAAAUCAGUAAUGAUGUAAAAGCAAAAGAAAGAAGGCUGCUAAGUAGAGAGAGAGAGAGAGAGAGAGAGAGAGAGAGAGAGAGAGAGAGAGAGAGAGAGAGAGAGAGAGUAAACGUUUGCUUCCCGCGUUAUACAAUGCCCUAAUUCUCAUCAUCAUCAUGCGUGCAAGCUAUUUUUCAUUUCCUUUAACGAUUCUCAUUCUUACUCUCUUCAAGCUUCUUCUUUCUUCUUUCUUAAUUAUUUUCUCCUUUUUUCCCGGAAAAUUCUCUCUGUUGUUGUUCUCUCCUGAUAAGCCCGACCAAGUUUAUCCUCUUUCACACUAAUCAUUUCUCUUACAACUUUCAUUAAUCUCCCUUUAAAACCUAACCUUUUGUUUCAGUUUACAGAUUCUUCAAUCUUUAUACGUUCGUUUCCAUGUUAAAGAACUUCUUUAUUCAUAUUUUCAGAUAAUUAUUUGAGUUCCAAGAGAAAGAAGAUGGGAAACCAAACAAGCAAGAAGUCACAUGAUACAUCAUCGUCUAAGACCACCACAACAG